AAUGUAAAAGGAAGAGAGAGUGCAUGGUAAACAAACUCCUGAAAUCUUUUCGUAAGGCCUAAGAUAACGAGCACUCUGUAGCCUGGAACAGUGGAAGGAGAAAGUGUCACCAUGAAGAUCAGACUGAAAUUGACAAGAUUCCUGCCACCGCUAUUUUACGCCGUCAUUGGUUACAUUGUCAUCAAUAGUGUUGUCACAUUUUUACAAGAUCUUGGAAGAGACAAAGAUGUUAACUCUGAACAGUACAGGAAGUUGCUCAACGAGAAAAGAAUGGAUUUAGAAGAAACAAUAUUUGAUUUGACAACAGAAGAGAAUGAAAGAUUCAUUAGGGAGGACUGGUGGAAACUCAUGGAAACAAUUCAAGUAGAACGGAAAUUCAGAUUAAGAAAAGUCUGUCAAUCCCUGUACAAUCGAACAGCUCAAGAUACCACUUACCUAGCCUAUCACAAGAACCAGCUGCGCUCCCUAAUUGUGAAUGAUAAGUUCCGCUUCAUCUACAGCAUUGUGUACAAAGUGGGCUCUACCAAUUGGGAACGGGUGAUAGUGCAAGAUUUGGAGGGGUUUCUAAAUGUCCCGAAUCAGAAGCUUUACUCGCACAGGGCACUUCAGUGGAUGCCAAAGUUUAAGGAAGAGCAGGUGAAAGAGUACCUGGACACGUACACCAAAUUUAUGUUUGUUCGAAACCCUCUGUCGAGAAUACUUUCAGGGUAUAGAGACAAAUUUGUGGAUCAUAAAAAUUCAGUGUUUGCCAGCCUAGCGCGGCGAAUAAUCAAGCAGUAUAGGACAGGCUCUGCAGCCGAGAUCUCCAGCCCCAAUGUGACAUUUACAGAGUUUAUCUCAUACCUCAUCGAGUCUGCCGAGAACAGAGGAAAUCCGCACUGGAAACCCAUUUAUGUGCAGAACAUGCCGUGCGAAAUUGAUUUUGACAUUAUUGGACGAUUGGAAGACGCAAGCGACGAUAUUCCGUAUGUGCUGAAGAAAAUAGGCAUCUGGAACGAAACAGAUUAUGGGAAAGGCCCUGCCCGGAAAAAUACAGAUGCAGAAUUGUUAGAAAGGUAUUAUUCCCAGGUACCAACAAAGUUGUUGAAAGAGCUCUACAGCAUUUAUGAACCUGAUUUCCAUAUGUUUGGAUAUGAUAUGCCACUCUUUGUAUAGUUGUACAUGUCAUUGUCAACCUUAACAUAUCAGAGGGGGCUGGGGGUUAUUGUCCUGCCCAAUGAAUCUUAGGGGGUAAUUGCACAGGGGUAGGUGUAAAUGUCCAGUGGGUAUUUUUUGCGGACAAGGCUGCGGUCUUAUAUAAGUCUCAAUCAAAGGCAUACAUGUAAAUGAAUUUAUCUGAUUUAUAUGAAAAUAUGGAGUCUGGGAGAAUGAUAAUUUAUUUUUUUAAUUAAUGUGGGAGAAGUUUGAAUAAUGAAUUUUCAAGUUUCCGUAAUUUUAGACCUCAUUCUUUCAUUCUUCUGUAUUCAUGAAAGCCCUUUCUUUCUUCAAAAUAGAGUUAUCUCGAAUUUAACAUUGUACAUUUGUAGCUAUAUUAUGAGAAAGAAAAUUAUGUGGAUUUUCAAUUUUAAUGUAUUCAAAUUGUCAUGCUGCAACAUAUUAUAUAUGAGUGAAUUCAUGUAGCGUUAAAAGGAUUUACCAAAGUGUUUUCUUUUAUCAAUGGCAUUUGUAGUUGUUAAUGACAUGUACAUCAUGUAUUAUUGGCUCUUUAUGUUUUGAGGUACAAGUAUUCAGACUUUUUCAGUAUUUCAAUAGUUAUUGAUUAUAUACCACUGUUUCGCUUGUAUAAUGGUCAAGCUCCAAGUGACAUUUGAAACAUUCAAUGCCUCUUUCAGAAACUUGUUAAAACAGUUUUAUUUAAUCAGAGUUACUAUGAUAUUAUGUUGUUAAAAUUCUGGAGAGAGAUUUUGUUUUGUAUAGCGCCUUGAGUAAGUUAUUAGAUAAUUGCGCUUUAUGAGUAUUUAUUAUUAUUAUUAUAUAUUGCGUACUCAUUACAUUCUGCCAUAGUGCCUUGAAGUUCACAGAAAGUGCUGUUUUUCAAAUUUAAUUUUUUAAGUGCUGUACUCUAUAGACUAUGUAAUUGUUAUGAAAUGAUGUAUGGUUGGAAAGUCAGAUUUUUUUAAAUGACACUUUCGGUACUAUUCACUUCAGUAUUUUUCCUACAGUGCUAUUAAUUAUACUAGAUUCAAGCAACACACACUAAUGUAUCAAGUACUAUUUUAAAGCGAUGUAUCAUGUAUCGUAGAAGGAGUGAUGGAGUAGUUAUUAGAUUCAUGUAGUUUGUAAAGAUGUCUAUUUUUGUGUGCAUGAUAAUAUGGUAUACAGAGUACAUACGGUACUACAUAUAUACUUUCACAGUGACCUUGCAAAUGUUGAUGAAUUGUGUUCAUGGAAUUUAUUUUGCUCAUGAAAUCUCUCCAAGUUUUGACAUGAUAAGGUGCAAUAUCUAUAUCUAAAAUCAAUCUGUGUAUAUAUGGGAAUAUAUUUCAGACUUAAUUGACACUACAAAGACAAGUUGGUGACAAUUUUUAACAAUUCUUUUUUCUCCAGUGAGUGAGUCAAUAAUGUAUUGGAAACCUAUCAUUGUGCUUAAACAUAAUCUCACAUACUGUAUGUGAGAUAUCACCAUUCAUGGAUAUCAUUUUGUCUAGUAUUAGUAUUAUAGACGAAUCCUCUGGUAUAAUAUAUAAGUCAUUUUUAUUUUGAAAGAAAGUAAAAGAAGGUACAUUUAAAUUUGCCUCUGCCAGAAGAAGACUAAAAUGUUUUCCAUCGACUGGCAAGAUACACGUACAGGGUAACAAAUACAAUAAUAACUGUAAUAACAAACACAGGACAAACAGACAGAGACACAAUCAAAACAAAAAAUGAGAAUAAUAAAAAUAACAUGUCACAAUCCAAACAAUAACAUAGUGUGUCAAUAUCAUUAUAAGACAGUGUUUGUACUUAAAAAUAAUUUGUAUUCAUAAUCCUACAUGUAGUCAUGUAUACAUGUGUUAAAGUUCUUUUAUCUUCAUCACUUGGAGUACUGUCUGCUAUUUCAGUUUAACCAUCUCAAAUCCAAAGUUUUUUAUGCCUCUAUAUUAGCUUUUUUACGCUAAUAUUUUGAUACACGUCACACUGUAUAGUUCCAUCAAUUUAAAUCAAAUCAUUAGUAUCAUUUAUUAACCAUAUUUUAAGUGAGAUUUAGCACUCAAACUUUUAUAUUUAAUUUUUUUAAAUAUAUUUGAGAUGUCAUAUUUAAUAUAAAUUUUGAUACUACUUGUAUUCGAUACCAGAUAUUACAAAUUCAAUUUUAUGAAGUUUCAUUCUUCUAAGCACUCAAUUGCAAUUUAGUCUGCUAAAUGAACAAUUUACCUCAUGCCUCA